AUGUCGUUCUCCUUUUUUACAACCUACAAGUGCAUCGUUGUCCAGAUCGACAGUACCGUCGCCUACAACGACGCCUACACCGCAACCGCCGACGUCCCUAAACCUGUGUACAAGGAGGGUUCCAAGGAGGAUGAGGACUCCGACGCCGAGGGGGACUCUGCGGAGGCCGACCGCCUGGAGGGAGACACCAGCGCCGAACAGGACGAGCACAAGGAGGAGGACGUGGACGCGAACGCCUCCGCCAGCAGUGGCGCCGACGCCAGCCUUCAAGACCUCGAGUUCACCCGCGGCGGCUUCCACGACUUCGCCCGCGAUCACAUCAACGCGACCAGCGGCAAGAGGAGGCCCAGCAAGCAGCUGGCCCCGGCGGCCGCCGCCCAGGAGGGCGCCGCGAAGGUGCUCUUCGCGGCCCUCGAGGGCCUGCAUUCGGCGCGGCUGGCGCACGCGUUCGGCGCCCUCGCCGGCGAGCUGCGGCGCACCCGGCGCACCGCGGGGCCGUCGGUCGCGACGCUGGGCGGGGAGUCCAGCGACAUCAUGCGCGAGCUGCUCCAGGCGCAAUGCCGCGCCUCCGUGGAGCUCGAGCACCGCGUGAAGAUGGCCGGGCGCGUGGGCGGCUUAGUGCUGUGCCUGGCCAGUCUGCAGCGCACCCAGCUGCGCUACUCGUGGAUGCGCUGGACCGAGCUGGCGCCGGACGAGUGGCUCCCCAUGCCUCCGGAGCUCGCGGGGCGCGGCGCCUCGCCCUUCGCGCCGCCCCUGCCGCACCAGCUGGCCGGCGGAGGGCAGGUCGCGGCGGCCCGGGCCGUCUUCGCGGGUGCGCCCGAGGGAAGCCGCUCGGGCUCGGCGGCCAGCCGCGGGACGCCGCCCCCGGGGCGGGGCGGCGGCGGCGCCGUGGGGCACAAGCUGACGGAGUGAGCGGCGGCGGGCGCGGAGGGGCUGCGGAGGG